GUGCGGUAGCGUAGGCUCGUUUUUUGGUGUGUUUUUUUGUUCUUAUCAUUUGGUAUUUGGUUCAUUUUGGUUCAUUCUCCGAUUUCCCUGAAGCGGCGGUGCCCGACUGCGCCUGUCACCGUGGCCCAAGAUCGCUGAAAUUACUUUUGCCUUGUGUCGUGGACAUUUCCCCCAGCCUCUCCGCAAGCCCCCGAGCACUCCCAAGGGACCGCAGUAACGAAAAAAAGCCUAACCUAACCACCGGAGCUAACAUGCGAUGGAGGAAUGCGUCGAGCAGUAGAGGCGGCCGGAGAGCUUACUGCCUCAUUUGAACUUGACCACUGGGUAGCAGUCGUCGAGCCUAGCUUUUUCCGCGCACACUGUAUUCCCCUAGGUGUUUUAAUAUAUUCUUUGGUCUGACAUGCCUGGAUCGCUGCGUAUCGCUGUGGUAUGUUCCAGCAACCAGAACCGGAGCAUGGAGGCCCAUGCGUUUCUGAGCAAGAAAGGCUUCAAGGUGCGCUCAUUCGGGUCGGGGGCGCAGGUCAAGCUGCCUGGUUCUGCCCCCGACAAACCCAAUGUUUACGACUUUGGGGUGACCUACGAGCAGAUGUACCAGGACCUAAUGGAGAAGGACAAGGCCCUCUACACCCAGAACGGUAUCUUGCACAUGCUGGAUCGAAACCGGCGGAUCAAAUCCAGCCCGGAGCGCUUCCAGAACUGCUACGACAAGUUUGACGUCAUCUUCACCGUGGAGGAGCGCGUCUACGACCAGGUGGUCGAAGAGCUGUCCGGGCGCCUGACAUGCGACAACUCGCCGGUGCACAUCAUCAACCUGGACAUACAGGACAACCACGAAGAGGCCACCAUCGGGGCCUUCCUCAUCUGCGAGAUUGCACAGAUGAUGAGCGACUCAGAGGACCUGGACAACGACAUCGACGAGCUGAUCCAGGAGUUUGAGGCGAAAGCGCAACGCCCCAUCUUGCACACGGUGCAGUUCUACUGACCCCGCGCGGUUCUAGUGUUCCAACCGGGGCCGCGGUAUGCUGCCUGCCUCGGCAACAGCCCCCGGUUAUGAGGAUGACCGGCCGGGGUGGAUGGUCGCCGGCCAAGCCGGCAGACGAAGGCUGUUCUUAACGGGACCCCGACCAAGUCUGGUGGAGAACUCUAGGAAGAGCAACGAGCCGAGAGGCGAAGAAAAGGAACACACGGCAAGAGCGAGACAUGGCGUCGCUAAGCCAACUAUUCUGCGUCGCGAGCCGGGAUGCCAUUUUACGUCGUACGGUUUUUCGUAGAAACUGCGCCUGUGGCGCCAUACGGGCUUCGGCGUUGUCGCUGUAUCUUUUCGAUGCCGGGGACGGUGAUGCCCGUACAGCAACACAAAUACAGUUUUCUGAAUUAUCAAUGGGCCUUUGUGCCGACUCUUGAUGGUGUCUGUACCACAAUUGGGCAAAGAAGAGAACGGUGUGCUGCUUGUCACAAGCUGCGUGUUCGUCGAAAAACAUGCAGCGGAAUAAAAGAUUUUGAGAGUU